UCCACCACGCUUGCUUUCUUUCUCUCCACAAACGAGACAUCAUUAUGGGGCAACAGGAGAGAGGAACGCUGUUCUCGUGGUCCCUUAAUUAAGAUAAGUUCCUUACCUACCUACUUAUCUCACCACCACCGUGGUGAUUACAGUGCUCAGUGGAAGUGAGUGUCGUUUAGAGAAAACAUAGCAGAAAAAAUGGCGUGGGUCAUUAUUAUGUCAUCAUCAUCAUCACUAUUUUAACGAAUACUGCAAGAAAUAGGCAACAACACCAAAAUGUCGAAUAAUUCUCCCAUGAACGUGCCCAAGUCCAAAAUCCCUGUCCUCGAGCCACCCUACCUCAACUCCACACGGACCGGGUUCCUCUCAGACCUGAGUGACCACGUCUUUUUCGACAAACCGCCACCCGUCCUCCCAUACUCGUACGGACCGCGGGGCAUCCUUCAUACCAAUACGAACACGGUCACCACACCCAUCGCCGCCAGACCCUCGCCCAGCCACAGACCGUCUCCGAGAAAGGACUAUGUCGACUACAGAUUGGAACAAUUGCUAGGACCCACGUCACCCAUGGACCUCAUUGAGGACAGCGUGGACGAUAUUUUGCUCCAUUCCAUGAAGCAGUCACGGUCGAUAGAGAAUAUCGCUCGAAGUCGAAACCACAGUCAGCAGAGUGGUUCGAGUCGCAACUUAAUGAUGGACGAUGAUCCUGAAGAAAUUCCAAUCCCAUUUCGACGACUCUCUGACCGCAUAGAUCGUAAAAAGAUGGAACAAACCUCCCCCAUCAGAAGUAAUCUUAUUCUACCGAGUCACGACGAUAUUGCUGUGGGGCCUUCACCCACCAAGAAACCACGCUCUCGUCAAAGCAGCAGGGAAAAUAUUCACUACCAACAACAAAUCCCACUCGGAGUAAGCUCAUCGCCUAAUAAGUCACCUAAAAAAUCACCAAAAUCACCAACCAAAGCAUCCCCAGCAGCACAUCAGUCUCCAGCCAAGGCCACCCCCUCCACCUCCACCUCCACGACCACCACCGGAAAAGGGGUGAGUCUUCCCAUUAACAGUACCACCAACAAGACAAACGAACCUGCCAGUAAGAAAGAAGUCAAGAUUACGACCACCAAAGGGGCUCCUCCACCCACUGGAAAAUCUGAGCAACCCGCCCUCGUCAAAGCAGCCCCUGCCAAUGCAUCCACAUCCGCUCAAAAAUCAUCUCCCAUGAAAGACAAACCCCCCGAAUCCUCCAGUCUCACAGCUGCCAAAGCAGCUCCCAGUGGAACUAAAACACCAGCAGCAGGGUCACCAGCCAAACCUUCGAAACCAGGGGCACCAGCCGCCACGAAGGGAGGCGUCGCUGCAGCCGCCGUCCCCGUUGGUGCGGCCGUAGCUGCCGGAGCUGCUGCCGCUGUUGUGGCAGGUUCCAGCAAGAAUUCGACCCCCUCCAAACCCGCAUUUGCUGGGACUGAUGUCACAGGAUCGGAAAUCGCCCUCUUGGCCAAAGCUGAAGAGAAAAAGCAAGAACUUCUCCGCGACACGGCGGCCGCCUUUAAAAUGCUGGCUCUUUGUCAAAAGGGCGAUUGGCACGCGGUGGAGGCACAGUUGAGAUAUUUUGAAAAAUCAAUCCAAGCCGGAACUGGAGAGACGCGUCCCUUGGCUGGAAUAUAUGACGAGGAGUCGGGAUGGACGCCACUCAUGUUUGUCGUGAAGGACAACCGGAUCCCUUUAGGCGACCGGAUGAUCGAUUUGGGCUGCGAUGUCAACCACAGAAAUAAGGAAUCCCACACUCCGAUGCAUAUCGCAGCCAUGUACGGAAGGGAUGAGACGAUCCGAUUCCUCGUCUUUAAGAAGGCCGAUAUCACUGCGGUUACGGAGGGCAAGAAACAGAACGUUCUCCAUCUCGCGUGUAAUCGAACCGGGGCAAAUAAUACGGCCAUUCUGCGUGCCAUUUUAGCCGUGGCGCCGAAGGAUGCGCGACUUCAGCGAGAUUCGGAGGGAAAUAUUCCGCUUUUCGUAGCAAUGAACAAUGGAUCUCGAGGCGCUUGUCAGGAACUUCUCACGGCCCAAGCUCACGAACAAAUGAGGAUGCAGACCGGCCCCCAAAAAGACACCCCGCUGCAUCUCGCCGUACGGAAAAGGGAUUUGGAAAUGGCGAGGAUAUUUGUCGAUGCGAGUGCCAAUGUUGAUGCGAAAAAUGGUCAGUGGCAGACGCCUCUGCACAUCGCGGCUGAAGCUGGUGAUGAAAAUUUGGUCAAGUUUUUCUACCUGUGCAAGGCUAAUCCGAACAUUGCGGACAAGGAGGACCGCACCCCAAUGUACCUGGCAGCCAUGAAUGGUCACACACAAAUUAUCGAGUUGCUCGCCGACAAAUUUAAAGUGUCCGUGUUUGAGAGGACGCGAGAUGGGAGCACUCUGAUGCACAUUGCAUCCCUUCACGGUCACCCGGAAACGGCAAUGGCCCUUUUCCGCAAGGGUGUUCCACUUCAGAUGCCAAACAAGGGCGGAGCACGAAGUUUACACAUUGCUGCUCGACACGGUCACGCCGCCAUGAUUAGCAAACUGCUCGAGAAAGGGGAACGUGUCGACGCCGUGACGAACGAGAACUAUACAGCGUUACACAUCGCGGUGGAAAGUGGGAGGCCCAACGUGGUAGAAACGCUGCUGGGUCAUGGUGCUCAGGUUCAUAUUAAAGGCGGAAAAGCCCAAGAGACUCCGCUCCACAUUGCCGCCAGGGUCGAUGAAGGGGAAAAAUGUGCCCAAAUGCUUCUUAAAUCUGGAGCUGAUCCAAAUAUUACAAUGGAAAAUGGGGAGACGCCACUCCACGUGGCAGCCAGGCAUGGAAGGCUCCGCAUCAUUCGACUCCUUCUCCAAGAUGGGGCAAAUUUGCAGAAGACUUCAAAGGACGGUGAGACCCCACUGCACCUUGCCGCGAGACACGGCCAUUUCCGGGUCGUGAAAGAGCUCCUUCAAUACAUCAAGAGGGACAAGGGCGAAGCUGACAUGAGUCUGUACAUUAAUCACAUCACGUUGAAAGGUGAAAGUGCCCUGCAUUAUGCCGCCCAACUGACAAAAGAUCCCGACGAGGUGGCCGUCGUGGAUAAAUCAGGGAAGGAAUCCCACCCUGGGAAGGAUAUCGCCAAGAUGUUGUUAGAUGGUGGUGCAUCCGUGUCAAAGCCAACGAAGGAGUUCCAAGAGACACCUUUCCACUACUGUGCCAGAGAAGGGAAUAACGACAUUUUGCUCGAGAUGUUGAGCCGGAUGACGCAAGUAGAAUGCCAACGUGCCGUGAAUAAGCAGUCGUCCAAGGGCUGGUCUCCCCUCCUCAUCGCGUGCCAUAAGGGUCACACCCCAGUCGUGAGGACGCUGCUGGAAAAUCAUGCCAGGGUGGACGUCUUUGAUAAUGAGGGUCGCUCUGCGCUCCAUUUAGCGGCAGAGAAUGGAUAUCAGGAAAUUUGCGGCAUCCUUCUCAAACAUAAGGCCUUCAUCAAUGCCAAGUCUCGCGUGGGUUUCACCGCCCUUCACCUCGCGGCGACCAAAGGGUAUACGAAAUUGUGCCUUUUCCUCAUUCAGGAACAUGGCGCUUCAGUGGAUGCCGUCACACUGAAAAAACAAACGCCGCUGCAUCUCGCCGCGGAGGCGGGUCAGCUGGAGGUGUGUCGCCUCCUCAUGGGACUCCGCGCCAGUCCGGACGCAGCGGACGAACGAGGUCAAAAACCAAUCCAUCUCGCUGCUCAAAACAAUCACUCAGAUGUCAUUAAAUUGUUCCUGAAACAUCAAAAUUCUCUAGUAGCCAGUGCCACCCGGGACGGUAGCACUUGCGCCCACUUGGCCGCCAUGCAAGGCUCCGUCGCAGUAUUAGAAGAACUUAUGAAAUUCGACAAGCAGGGCGUCAUCUCGGCCAGAAAUAGAAGCACGGACUCAACUGCGCUUCAACUCGCAGCGGAAGGAGGUCACGCCGAACUUGUCAAAGCGCUCAUCGAUGCGGGGGCGAAUCCAAGUGAUGAGAACAGAGCUGGCUACGCAGCGAUCCACCUUGCCGCCAAGAAUGGUCAUACGAACGUGUUGGAUGCACUGAAAGGGAGUGAAGAGGCGAUUAAGCUCACCAGUCGGAAACUUGGUUUAACUGCGGUGCACAUUGCGGCAUAUUAUGGCCAGACAGAAAUGGUCCGAGAACUGUUGCCUUACGUUUCCGGCAAGACGCCGUCCGAACCACCAAUUUCAAUCGUGUCAUCUUUCAUCAAAGAACUCGGAACCGAGUCUGGCCUCACUCCUUUGCACAUGGCAUCCUAUUCUGGAGAAGAAAAUGUGGUGCGACUUCUCCUUAACUCGCAAGGUGUCCAGGUGGACGCACCCACCACGAAUUUAGGGUUCAACUCUCUCCAUCUCGCUUGUCGUGGGGGUCACACGACUGUGGUGAGUCUGCUGCUGAGUCGUUCCUCAGAGCUGCUCGAGAGUAAGGAUGCUUCCGGAAAAUCCAGUCUGCAUAUUGCCGCAAUCCAUGGUCAUAUCCAAAUGGUGGAGGUCCUUUUGGGUCAAGGGGCAGAGAUUGAUGCGAUUGACAAGGAAUUGUGGACGCCAUUAAUCUGUGCGUCGAAAGCUGGUCAUCUGGACGUUGUCAAGUUACUCGUGGAAAGCCAAGCGUCUCCUUUAGCCAAGACGUCCAAGGGCCACUCUCCCAUUUGGUUCGCUGCUGCAGAAAAUCACAUCGUCGUCCUCAGCUACCUCAUGAAGAAGGAGCAUGACACGUAUGGGCUGAUGGAUGAUAAAGAAUUCGUCUACAAUCUCACAGUGUGUGGCAAAAAUACUAAUAACGAGCCCAUCGAUGAGUUUGUAUUAUCCUCUCCCGCACCUGUGGACGUGUCAGCGAAAUUGUCCAACAUUUUGAUCAAUUUGUCGACAAAGGAGAAGGAGAGAGCGAAAGACUUGGUCCACGCCUCGAAACAUUGUGAAUCCAUGGCGGCUGAGUUACUCGCUUUAUCUUCCGCGACAGAGUCGGCCGGAAAGAUUUUGGAAUCCGUUGACCGAAAAGGGGUAGAAUUUUUAGACGUCUUAAUCGAAAACGAGCAGAAGGAGGUCAUUGCUCACACCGUCGUUCAACGCUAUCUCUCUGAACUCUGGGUGGGCAGUCUGACCUGGGCGAACUGGAAACUGCUCCUCCUCUUCUUCUCGUUCAUUGUAUGUCCGCCGAUCUGGGUCAUAUUUUCACUCCCAUUAGGUCAUCGCUACUACAAAAUUCCCAUCAUAAAAUUCAUGUCGUACCUGACGUCCCACAUCCACCUUAUGAUCCUCCUCUGUCUCACCUCCGUCACUCCGAUCUAUCCCAUACUCCCAAUUCGGACUGACCUGUUUCCCUACGUUUUCGAAUGGCUCCUGCUCGCCUGGUUGACGGGGCUUAUAAUUUCCGAGAUAGCCAACCCUUCAGACAAAGCGGGGCUCGGUUGGAUCAAGGUGGCCGUCCUAGUUUUCAGUAUUAUGGGCGUCAUCCUCCACUGUGUCGGGUUUUUUAUGCACAAAUCCAUAUACGGGACGCUUCUCUACUUGAGGAAUCAAUUAUUUGGGAUGGCUGUGCUCCUCGCUUGCGUCCAAAUCCUUGACUUUCUCUCUUUUCACUAUCUCUUCGGUCCAUGGGCCAUCAUCAUUGGAAACUUAAUGAAGGACUUGGCCAGAUUUUUGGCCGUGUUGGCGAUUUUCAUGGUGGGAUUUUCACUCGUCAUGGCUGCCCUCAAUUCGCCCAUUCAUCCGAGGAGGGAGCCCACCGCGGAUGAUAAGCCGCCAAAAACACUCACUAACGGCCUGCCCUCCGGAGUGAAAGUGACCCCCAUCGACGCAUUUGAACUGUUGUUCUUCGCCCUGUUUGGUCUCAACGGGGCUGGCGAGUUAAAAAUUGAGACGUUGGGACAGCCCGAGUGGACCUUGAUCCUGUUCAAAAUCUUUUUUGGGGUGUACAUGUUGGUCACGGUGGUCGUGCUGAUCAAUCUCCUCAUUGCCAUGAUGUCAGACACAUAUCAGAGGAUCCAAGCCCAGUCGGAUAUCGAGUGGAAAUAUGGACUGGCCAAACUGAUUCGAAAUAUGCAUCGAACUUCUGCGACCCCAUCGCCAAUCAAUCUUUUCACAUCGUGGAUUAUGUGGAUUUACGAAAAGUGUAAAAAGCGACGAGAAAAAGAAUCACUGAAUCCGUUUAAACGGAGUGGGAAAGGAGGCUCCAAAGUGGGGCCCUCCAACCUCUUCCCAUUCGGGAAACCAACGCCGAAACAAAGGUGGAAAGCAGUGUUCAAAAAGACGCAGAUGACUCCAAGAGUGUCGGACAUAAUGCGCCUAAGCGUUGCGCAAGUGAGUCCAAUGGGUCCUGGAAGUCCGCUCCAAGCCUUCGGUUCCUCACUCAGCAUAGGAAAUCAGCAACGCAUCGAAACUGUGACCGACUGGCCCAUGAUUGCCAGAAAAUAUCGCAUUCUCGUCGGAAAGGAGGAACCUCACAUGUUGUCGGAAGAAGGCCAAAUCCUUCAGCAAGGGUCAAGCGUUAACAUCCAGCAACAGCCGAACCAGCAAUUGACAGUUUGAAAUUAAUAGUUUUAGACAAUUAUAAAUUAAUAGUAUGAUAACUGAUGAUAGGUAGUUACAUACUUGUUCUUGUACUCGUUGCGUAAUUCUAUCAUAUUUUUCUAUCCAUAAUAACAAAUCAAAUUAAAUGAAUGAAAUGAUUUACUUAUUUAUUUUUAAUCACCUUAAUACUAGAUUUUCAAGUGAGAACUCAAGUUCAAUAUCAUAAAUACAAAAGAAUUAGCUAUUAAAUAUUUAUACAUGUUUGCGUAUGAAAGUGUUGUGUAAAUUUCAUAAAUGUUAUUAUGCAGCUCAAAUGUAAGUUUGGACAGAAUUGCAAUAAAAUGUUUCAAGUUCAUGAUCCGAUAAUGGUAAAAUUUAA